AAACCAACACUUUCAACAUCCUACAAUGGCUGCCCUCGUUCCUUUCCCUGAAUCUGGCAUUUCUGCCACUUACUCCCCAUGGAGCAAGACCCUUCUUCUGGAAGCCAAGGGCAAGGUUCCUGGCUACCUUGCUGGAGCUUUCAUCCAACGUGAGGACUGGGUUGGAGGGCUUCGCUUUUCUCUCAGGGCCUUCCCUCUUCUCUAUCCCCAGGACUUUCCCCCUCCAUCUUCCAAGCAGAUCGAUGCAACUCUGAAAGUCUCCAUUCAACUUCCCCUCUCUUGGCUCAACAGCAAGACUGUCCUGUUUGAGACCGCCACUGCUGUUUACAACAUCACCAUCAAGUACUUGCUUGAGGGCGUCGGACCAGCUGACCCGCCAAAGAACGGUCUUACUUCUUCCAAUGGUCAGGCCAAUGGUCAGGACACUGCGCAAACUGAUGAACAGACCGAUGGAGGUCGUAUUAUUGGGAGCGUCUUGCCUCCUAUCAAAGUUCCUCUUGCUGGAGGGGUGACCCACAAUAUCUCGGCUAGAGUCCCUGCUUCUCAAGGGGGCGCGAUUGUCCCACUCCCGACAGUCAAGAUCUCUUUCGACAGCGAGUUUAUCAAGCUUGUUGAUGCCUACUACGCUGGCGACUCCAUCUUUUGGACGAUCUCUUGGGAGAAGCUCCCAACUGAGGAGGGCAAGAACCCCCAGUCUGUCGACUUCACUACUAGCAUCCCGCACACUCAGUUUGGAGGGCUGACCUCAUGGACCCGUAUUGUCCAGCCGUACACUGUUGAAUUUUAUGUCCUUGAGAAGUAGAGUGUUGUCAGUGGAUGGAGUGCGGGGGAGUGGAUGUUUUGAAGAGUGUUAGCUAUGUUUUCUUUCUAUAACCAGAUUGAACCACCGUCGGAACAAUGUACGGGUCAUCUAACCCGAUUUAGUUAUUCUGUCGUUUAGUUAU